AUGUCGGAUGAGGACUUCAUGCAAGAUUCGGGGGAGGAGGAAUAUGACUUCGAAUACGAAGAUGACGAUGACGAGCAAGGUGGCGAUGUCGGGAUCGAGAACAAGUACUACAACGCCAAGCAGAUGAAGGUCGAUAAUCCAGAGGAAGCCAUCGAUGAGUUUCUUGGAGUCCCGGCCCUGGAGGAGGAGAAGGGAGACUGGGGAUUCAAAGGUUUAAAGCAGGCUAUCAAGCUCGAAUUCAAGUUGAAGCGAUAUGCCGCGGUACGGACACGGGACGGACCACAAACGAGGACAUAUUCUGACAAGUACCAGGCGAUCGAGCACUACCAAGAACUCCUUACCUACGUAAAAUCGGCCGUGACAAGAAAUUACUCCGAAAAGUCGAUCAACAACAUGCUUGAUUUCAUCGAGAAGGCGGCGGAAGACAAAACGGCCUACGAAUGCAUGGAGAAGUUCUACUCACUCACCCUCGAAUCAUUCCAGAGUACCAACAACGAGAGACUAUGGCUGAAGACCAACAUUAAGCUUGCUAGGCUCUGGCUAGAUCGCAAGGAUUACCUACCACUUACCAGCAAGCUGCGUGAACUUCACAAAGCUUGUCAAAGAGAGGAUGGCUCAGACGACCCAAGUAAGGGGACUUAUUCCCUCGAAGUCUAUGCCUUGGAAAUUCUGAUGUAUGCCGAAACAAGGAACAACAAGCGGUUGAAGGCACUGUACCAGCGUGCAUUACGCGUCAAGUCUGCCGUGCCCCAUCCGAAAAUUAUGGGCAUUAUUCGGGAAUGCGGAGGCAAGAUGCACAUGAGUGAAGAAAACUGGAACGAGGCCCAAAGCGAUUUCUUUGAAAGCUUCCGGAAUUACGAUGAGGCUGGCUCCUUGCAGCGGAUCCAGGUCCUCAAGUAUUUGUUGCUGAGCACAAUGCUAAUGGGCAGCAAUAUCAACCCUUUCGAUUCUCAGGAAACCAAGCCAUACAGGAACGAUCCACGCAUCCAAUCAAUGACCGAUCUGGUGGACGCAUAUCAGCGAGACGACAUGCACGGCUACGAGAAGAUCCUUCAAACCAACAAAGAUGAUCUGCUUGGUGAUCCCUUCAUCGCCGAGAAUAUCGAUUCGGUGACACGGGACAUGCGGACAAAGGCAGUCUCCAAGCUAGUGGCGCCAUACACGCGAUUCACCCUCUCGUUCAUUUCUAAGACUCUCAAUAUUUCACUUUCCGAAGUCCAAGAUAUCGUUGCAGUGUUGAUAGUCGAGAACAAGCUACGCGGGAAGAUCAACCAGCCGGAGGGAACUGUGGAGAUCCAGAGCACUGCAGAUGCGGAUCGGGUUCAAGCAAUGCAGAAUUGGACGAGCGCUGUUGAAGGGCUCUGGAACACCGUGCUAAAUGAAAGCGACGGUUUCAAGAGCGAAGAAUCUUCGUAUGGUGGUACGGGAACGCGAGACAGCCAAGGCUCCCCUUCGAACCAAGCAGCUCUCAAGAGAAUGUUUGGUGGAGGUCGUGGUGGCCGGCAUGGCCAACAAAGGGGAGCUUUAUCGAGGGGAGGCGGCUUCGGAAAGCUAGGAAUCAUGGGCCAAGGAUCAUGA